AUGGCCGCACACACACACACACACACACACACGCACACACACCAUGUUUCAGUCGUGGAGGGCGACAGUCUCUCGUCCUUCGCCCUUGACCUACGGAGUAACCUUGGCUGCGGGGCCCCCGAGGAGGUGUGCUGCACCGAUGUGGAUGUCAGCGCCCCGCCCCCCGCCGUGCCGCACGUCACUCCCCUCUGCGGCGAGAGGAACACCCUGGGGGUCGGCAACACCUUCGUUGGCUUCGAGGACCAACAGACCCAGUUCGGAGAGUUCCCGUGGACGGCCCUCGUAUUCUCUACACAGGCCAUUGAGUCGCUUGAAGUUUUUAUAUUCACAGCGGGCGGGUCAUUGAUACACCCACAGGCCGUGCUGACCGUGGCCCACGCUGUGCUGGGAUUCUCCGCCCAGCAACUGAGGGUUCGCCUCGGGGAGUGGAACUUGGACACUGAGAUAGAAGUAGUUCCUUACCAGGAAUUCAAGGUGGAGCGAAUUGUGAUCCACCCGCAGUAUCACAAUGUGUACCAACACUAUGACGUGGCGCUGCUGCUGCUGGACCGACCAGCGGUGCUCGGCGCCACCGUUAACACCAUCUGCUUUCCGCCCUCUCAUCUGGACUACGCAGGCGAUGAGUGUGUCGUGUCAGGCUGGGGCACGAAGGACUUCGAUGACAAAAGCAAUUUCCAGAAGGUGAUGAAGAAGGUGUCGCUGCCCGUGGUGGACCACGCCCAGUGCCAGGCCGCCCUGCAGGGCACGCGGCUGGGGCUUCGCUUCACCCUGCACGACAGCUUCCUCUGCGCCGGGGGGCAGAAGGAGGGUCAGGACGCCUGCACGGGGGACGGCGGCUCCCCCCUGGCGUGUCGCCUGCAGAGUGACGCCCGACGCUACGUGCAGGUGGGCGUGGUGGCGUGGGGCGUCGGGUGUGGGACCCUCGGCGUGCCGGGGGUGUACGCAGACGUGCUGAAGGCGCGGCCCUGGAUCGACCAGGUUAUCAGUGAGACGUUUGUCGACGGCUGAGUUCUUGUGCAGAGCGAGAGGUUAUUUCAGCUACGCGAAAUUUUCUUUUCUGUACAUUUUACUAAUAACUAGCAUGAAGGAGCUCAACAUCUAUCUGAAUCUUCUUAAAUUGGUAUCCAUCACAAACAUAUUUGGCCAAUAAUUCAGAGAAAGUGUAAUUCAAACUAAUUUUGUUGGAAAACUUUCAAACACUUGUAUUGAAAUUUCGCAACUCUCAUGCCUUGAAAGCUAAAAAGGAUGAGGGAUGCUACUGCUGAAUUUCAUUACUGAACUGCCGCGUGAAGUUUGUUUUAAAUAUGAAUAAAACUCAGUAGGCUGUAAACUCACUAUAAUAUAGAAGUGAUUGUAACAGGAGCGCAAAACUAUUCUUAAUUAUUGUUUUACUUAACAUUUUUUAUGCCCGCCCUUGGUAAUGCUGUGCACCUCGGUCCCAUGUUACAAAAUGGAUGCAAGCUCAUGAAUCUGGGCAUAGACGAUUGGGGAAAAUUAUUCGUAUAUAGUCAAAGGAGGUUGCCGUACCUAACGAUGUUUAAAUAUUUAAUCAGUCUGCAUUUUCUAGAAAGGCCAAGGCUGCGAGGCGACUUGAUGGAAGUAUUUAUAGGGCUCAAGGGGAUCAAUUAACGAAGGCCGUGUUGAUAAAGUGUUGAAUGAUUGCUAGUUAAAUGAAUAUAGGUUUAAGCAGUAAACAGGGACUUUUACGGGUAAAUAAAACAAAUAUCAUUACUAGCAGGAAUGGGUGAAAGUUAGAUCUAUUCAGGUUUAAACCGGGAGGCAGACGCUUUCACGGUUACUGUACAGUCGCGAUAUGAAGUGAUGUCGCCGUGUUCGUUUAUUUUCGAUCACGCAAGUAUCGUUAUAUAUUUUCAAGAGUACCAAUAUUUUCCUGUAUCUCCAUCAUAACUUAAAUAAAUAUAUUUUACAAGCU